GUAACAAAAGUCGAGCUUCAAGAUAAUGCUCGUUUUCUACCAAAAUAGAAGAAGAUAAUGCUCGUAAAUUAAUGCUCUUGAUCGAGAUCCAGCAUUUAGAGAGAGCAGAAACCAGACGGGUAAAUUAACCAGAGGAGGUGCUGAGGAAGAACCCAGGACGGAAAGAAAGAGGGAGCAUGGAGCUUGAAGACAGACCAUCAUUUUUCAAGGUCCUUGUUGGUGACUUCUCCCAGCAACUGUGUAUACCGCGUGCGUUUGUGAAGAACUUCAAUGGUCAUGUACCACGAUUUUGUGGCCUUAGAGGCCCUUGUGGGAACUUGUGGGCUGUAAAUUUGAAGGUGAUCAGGAAUCGCUUGGUUUUUCAUGAUGGUUGGCAGAGUUUUGCAAAGCAUCAUUUUCUGGAAAUUGGGGAUUUCUUGACUUUCACUCUAGAUGGUGAAUCAAUUUUUGAUGUCAUAAUUUAUGGUAAAAGCUACUGCGAGAAGAAUAUAGAAGCAGCCAAGAACAUGAUAGGAGAUGUUGUGGACAGAACAAUAAACACUGACAUCAUUUUAGGAAAGAGACUUGCACCUGAUCUUGUGGAAGAAACUUCCAUUGGACCCAUCUCUUCCAAUCCAGCAAAUCUAUUUUUCAAAACUACUUUUACAAGGUCUUUACGAUAUAACCUGAAAAUUCCAGCCAGAGUAGUCAAAGCCGCAGGUCUUAUGAGCAAUAAAACUAUAAUGCUUCAAGAUCCAUCUGGGAAGCCAUGGUCUAUUAAACUCACUGAGACGACAAGGGGUCAAUUGCGUAUGAAAGAUUGGUAUAAAUGUUGUGAAGAGAACCAAAUUUCAUAUGGAGACACCCUGAUAAUUGAGGUAGUCAAGCAUUCCGUAUUUCAACUUCAUGUUCAUAAAGUAGGAGCGGCCCUGGAUGUCGUGGAAGAAACAUCUAUGGUACCCUUCUCUAUCAAUCCGGCAAAUCCUUUUUUCAAAACUAUGUUUAAGAGGUCUAUGCGAUAUGACCUGAUAAUUCCAAACAGAAUUGUCAGAGCUGCAGGUCCUAUAAGCAAAACCAUAGUGCUUAAAGAUCCAGCUGAGAGGCAGUGGUCUAUUAAACUUCACGAAACUACAAUGGGUCGAUUGCGUAUGGAGGGUUGGGGCAAAUGCUGUGAAGAGAACCAAAUUUCUACUGGAGACACCAUUGUUAUUGAGGUAGUCAAGCAUUCUGUAUUUCAACUUCAUGUGUAUAAAGCAGGAGCAACCCUGGAUGUGAAAACUCAAAGCUAGCUGCCUUUAGGAUUUCAGAAUGCACUGCUAUUCAAAUCUCAUCACAAAAUGGUCUUGCUCAUCUUGGUCAAAGGAUAGGAACAUCUUAUAAUUCACUCCCUGAUCGGUACAUGUGUUUCUCAUCUGUAGUGUUUAUGCAUGGUAAGUUUUUUCUGUAAGUGACUCAUUGUUGAAUCAUAUUUCCAUUGCUCCUUAACGUUUUAAUGUUGAAUGGGCACUAUCUCGCUAGUGUAUGUA